AUGGCAUCAGUUGAGCUGAGAAUCAAUAUCAGAUUUUGUGUUCGCUUGGGAAAGAGUGCUACGGAGACUUCUGAAAUGUUGAAUCAUGUGUAUGAAAGUGAAACGUUAUCGAAAGCGCAAACCUUUGAGCAGCAUUGUCAUUUUAGAGAAGGCAGGGAAAGGGCCAAAGACAACGAAUGCUGGGGCCAUCCCGUGACUUUGUACACUAAUGAAAACAUCAAAAAGGUGUUUGUGGGGGUACAUGCAAACAGACAGCAAACAAUUAGCCAAAUAGCAGAAUCAGUGGGAUAUCCAGAGACCACAUGUCAGUGGAUACUAACUAAAGAUCUUAACAUGCAUAGAGUGGGUCAACACAUCUUUCCCCUUAUGUUAAACAUAGACCAAAAGGGAAUUCAAAGGGAAGUGGCGGGAGACUUAAUCUUGGCUCUAGACAAAAAUCCUUCCCUAUGUGGCAGAAUUGUUACUGGAGAUGAGAAAUGGUUUUUGUACGACACUCAAACCAACAGAGCAUUGGCAGCUUAG